CAAAGAGAGUUCAUGAACACUAUUCUGAUUUAUUCUUGUUUGAAAGCCUAAUUAUUUUAAUUAUAAUAAUCUCUAUUAAUUGUAAUAUUCAUUCACAUAAUUGGUGUAUUCAUCAAAACAUUAUGGCACCAAUAAAACCGUUCGAUCGAUGUUGUAAUCCAUUUAAGAUUGAAUCACAUUUAAAAAAGAAGGGUUUACGUCGAGCGACUGACAUGAUGAAUGUAACGUUAGGAUUAGAUGGUAAUUAUUUAUUGUGCAGUUCGUGUCGAAAAGAAGCUUCAAAAUUUGUAGAGGAACAAACAACUACUAGUGAUGAUUUUAAUGUUGAUCCAAGUUACCAUGAAAAUAAUUGUAGUGACAACAAUGAGAACAAUAAUCAAACUGAUAGUGAUACAACAAACAACACAACUGCCACGGAUCAUGGAGAUUUAUCUCGUACCGCUAUCCUGAUUAUUCCUUACAGCACUUGCUGUGCCCUGGUGACUGAUGCACACAACAAUUCGUGUCUAGCAGGCGAACAAAAUAUCAUCGGAUAAUGAUUCUUUCAUCAGAUUGUGUUUAGCAGGCGAUCAGAAUAUCCUAGGACAUCGAUUGCUUCAUCUGAUUGUGUUUAGCAGGCGAUCAGAAUAUCCUAGGACAUCGAUUGCUUCAUCUGAUUGUGUUUAGCAGGCGAUCAGAAUAUCCUAGGACAUCGAUUGUUUCAUCUGAUUGU